UGAAGUUAUCAAAUCAAAAUUGUCAAAACAUUUGUACAUAUAUCAUAUAUUUGUUAUAAAAAAAUACAAGCAACUUUAAUAUUUAUUAUUUAAAUUUUUUAAUAAAUAUUCUAAUAUGUCUAACAAAUUUGAAGAUUGCAGAAGUAACCUUGCCGAUGCCGAAUGGCAGUUUUGGUGCCGACUCUGUACUAAAGACGAUGUACGAAAUAUUAAUAUAUAUCCCGAACAAAACCAAACUUCAGUUCACACAAACGCUACGCUUAUACAUUUCAUAGCGGAGUUUUUUAAAGUUCAUAUACAGCGAAAUGAAGAUUUACCACAUUGGCUUUGUGUGCAAUGCUUCUCGUUGGUUUCCUCCUUGUCAAAAUUCACAAAACAAGUUAACAAAGUACAGAGUAUGUACAACGAAAUACAAAGUUCUGACCACAGAAAAGCUAAAGAUUUUCGACUAAUACGAGAUAAAUAUAAUUUAGUUGAGUAUGAGUUCGUUAUGUUCAAUAUGUCGGAUACAAAAUCAUCUAUUGAAAAUAUCUUUGUUGCCGAUGCACCAGAAAUAGUUAUACACAACUCCUUGGAUAAUAUUGUAAAGAGUGAAAUAAUAUCGAACGAGUUACAGAGUGGCAUACUUCUUAAUGAAGGCGAAUAUAACAGUGAAUUUCAAGAUCCAAUUGGUGAUGUGAUUGAGAAUUCUACUAUUGAUGUAAAGAGUAAUAAUUCCUUUAACAAUAGUAUAGAUGACAGUGAAUCUGAACAAAAUGAAAAAGAAUGCAAAAAACUUAAUCGGAUAAAAAAGCAACCGAAUUCUUUGGAUGAGGAAUCAAAAUCGGACAAAUACUUCUGUGACGAAUGCUCACUACAUUUCAAAAGAAGUAGCAAUUAUGGUAUACAUAUGAAGAAAAAACACGGUAUUGUCAUAGAAAGAGAUACUUGUUUUUCCUGUCCACAAUGUUCGAGGUCUUUCAAAUAUAAAUUCAAAUUGAAUCGUCAUAUAAAAAUUCAUCGACCUUUAACGGAAAAGCGUAUAUUUCCAUGUCCACAAUGUGAUAGAAAAUUUCAAACUAAGGAUUAUGUGUUCCGACAUAUAAAGUUUGUGCAUGAAGAUAUACGUCCGUUCAUUUGUGAAGAGUGUGGUGAGUGUACACGCACGGAAACCACUUUGCGAGAGCAUAUGCUUAUACAUACCGACUAUGCACCUUAUGAAUGUGAAAUUUGUAAGAAAGGAUUUAAAAAUCAAUCACGUUUGAAGAAACAUAUGGAGAUGCACAGCUCUCAUAAACAUAUAUGUAGCGAAUGUGGUUUAGAAUUGAAUUCACGUUUAACCUUGAAUCGUCAUAUGCUUGUGCAUUCUGAUGAGAUGCGUCACAAAUGCGAUUAUUGUGGGCGCGAAUUCAAACGUGCGAAAACUUUAAAAACUCACUUAAUACUUCACAGUGGAUUAAAACCAUAUUUAUGUGACUUCUGUGACAAAACCUUUGCCAAUGGCUCAAAUUGUCGUACUCAUAAAAGAAAAUCUCACCCCGAAGAAUUGGCGGCCUUAGAGGCUUCCGGAGAAAAGAAAUUCACCAAAAAUAUCCCUAAAUUAGCGGUUUUAAAGACAGUUACCCGCACAGCUGAGAAUUUGCUGCCCGUGGUAUCUAAACAAAGUGGAAAUUUUUCUUUCGGCAGAAAACCGAAACCUCCAACCAGCGGUAAAGCGAAACAAAACAACAACAAAAACGAAGCACAAAAAUGUGCGGAAAAUACAUAAGAGUGCUAUGACGGUAUUUCCUUGUUGACGAUGUCUACAAAAACACAAUAUAUACGGAGAAUCGAUAACUGAUAUUAAGUCGGUGGCUAUUAUAUUUCUGGUAUACUGAUUUAUCUAUAUCUUAAUUAAUUAAAGAAUAAAAAGUGAGCGGUUAUUAUUGUAAAUGUAUAAAAAGAGGGCAGUUUAUACAACGAAUUGAAAUGCUCUCAUUAAAGCCUCACUUAAAUAUACCAAAAUUGUCCCUAUAAAAGCCCAUUGCUUCUGCAACGGGCUUUUAAAUUUUAAAAUGUAUUUAUAGAAGAAUGGGACUUAAUUACGUACAUGAAUUCUUGAUCGUAGUGAUAAGUUAUAGUCUUAAAUUAUUUCACUAAAUUAGCAAUUUUUAUUACAUUAUAUUAUAAUAAAUGUUAAUCAGGAGUCUGUUUGUUUAUUUAUCAAAAA